AUAAGUAAAAGGCCCGCAUAUAAAAGCACUUGAAUUUCGGUAGUUCCAUGCCAUUUACAAUAUUAAGUGACACGAAGCGACACACAAUAAAGGCUUGAUCGAAUCGAAAGGGAUAUAAGUUUAGUGAUUUUUUUGUUUUGUUUAAAUAAACAUCGCUGCAAUGAAGAUACCGAUAUUUGUAUUGUGUGUAUUGUUCAUCUCACCGUCGCUUGCUAAGGAUAAAGCAAAGGACGUCGUUAAAGACAAGCGAGAAGCACCAAUUUCCUAUCCAGGAUCGAAUUCACAUCAUCAAAUCUCCAUUUCACCAUCAGUUGAAAUUGCAUCUGGUAGUUAUCAGCAUUCUUCUGCUCCACAAGUUUCUUAUGCUCCAUCCAGAAGUUAUGGUGCUCCGUCAGCGGGCGGUCAUCAAGACAUUUAUUCUGGUGGACAUGAUUCAUCCUUAAGCAUUGGAGCUGGAAGCCAUGAUUCGUAUCCAUCAGCUAUUGAAGGAAACCAUGGAUCCUCAGUGCAAGGAUUUGAAGAUGUAUAUUCGCAUAGCGAUUCAUCUUCUUAUAAUCAAGGCAUUCACGGAUUGUCAGCAAUUGUCGUUGAUGGCUCAGCUUCCCAAGGGGGUCAAAGUGGUCAUAUUCAAACAAUUAGUUACCAACAAUCGCAACCAUCUAAUGGACAUGGAUUUUCGUCAAGUGGUUUCGGUGGUUCAGCGCAUGGUGGUGGCCAAGGUGCCACAAUACAAAUUACACCAAUAUCUUCGCAUAAUUCUGGUCCAUCUUUGUCGUAUGGAGUUCCACAAUCUAGUGGACAUGGAUCUGGGGCUCAUUUAUCGCCUUCGAUUUCUUACGGAUUACCAUCUUCCGGAUCAUCUGGUGGACAUGGAUUUUCAGCAGGUGGACAUGGAGGAAGUGGUGGCAAAACUUAUUCAGUUGGUUCCACAAGAGGAUUCUCUGGAGGGCAAUCUAUAGGACAUGGAUCAUUUUCGUCGAACAAGGGACAACAACGGCCAAUUUCUGUAACAUAUGGCGUUCCGACUCACAGCACUCCAUCUGGAAGUUAUGGAGUUCCAAAUCCAGUCGGAAGUCAAAUGUCAUUUGGUGGAUCAAAGGGAUUAUUUAGUGGUGGCGCUUCUAAUAAUUUCGGUGGUUAUUCAGGAGGUUUCAAAAGUCAAGGAGGAAUCGGAAGUCAAGGAGGAUUCGGAGGUCACAGUGGAUUUGGAAGUCAAGGAGGAUUUGGAAGCCAAGGAGGAUUUGGAAGUCACGGUGGAUUCGGAAGUCAAGGAGGAUUCGGAAGUCACGGUGGAUUUGGAAGUCAAGGCGGAUUCGGAGGAUUCAAAAGUCAAGGUGGAUUUGGCGGCCAACUAGGAUUAGGACACGGUGCAUCAGGCAAUUUCGGUGGAUUUAACAGCGGGCCGAGCUUCUCUGGCCCAUUCUCUCAUGGUGGUGCAAGUUCAUUUGGUGGUUUUGGUGGCUUCCCAGGCGGUCACGGUUUCGGAAUGCCAUCAGGAUCAUACGGUCCACCUAUGUCUUACUCACCACCCUUUAUGUCAUACGGUCAUCCUAUGUCUUUCGGACCACCAUCAAUGAGUUAUGGACCUCCAUCGUCCUCUUAUGGGCCUCCAUCGGCCUCUUAUGGACCUCCAUCGGCAUCUUAUAGCGCUCCAUCAGGUUCAUAUGGACCUCCUUCAUUUUCGCAUGGUGCACCAAUUUCUUCGAACAUCGGCUCAUUCGGUGGAAAUGGAUUUUCGUCGUCAGGUUCGCACAACGCAGUAGAAUCAACACCGUCUUAUGCAGCUGGAACUAAAGGAUUAAGACAUUACUCAUCUGGUUCUACUGGACUCCAUUCGCAAUCGGUGUCCGUACCAUAUGUUAGCAAACCCGUCGCUGUUUCCACGCAACCAUCAUAUCAUCAUUCAGCAUCAGCGUCUGCAUCAAAAGCUCCUUUCCGGCCAUCAACAUUUUUAGGAGCACACAUCGAAUCCAGUGGACCCGAACAUAGUCAAUAUUCAUCUGGAUCUUCACAACAGUAUUCGUUACCGAGUCAAGAAUAUGGUGCACCGUUCCAAGGAGAAUUCGCUGGAAAAUCGUAUGAUGAUCAUUCAUCUUACGAGCAACCGAGUGAGUCAUACGGAACUCCGUCCUACAAUACCAUUCAAUAUUCCUCGCCGUCUGGGCAUUAAAAUUUAAUUUAUUCUCGCUACCAUUAUGCCAUUGUAAAUUGUAGCUUGUAGAACCGAAGAGAUGAUGAUGAAUUUUGUUUUAUUAUUUAUUCUUGUUUCCUAUUAUACGAUAUUAUGUGAAAUGCAUUGUAUUAAGCUAGAUAGAUGUAAAUUUGUUUCUUUUCCUUGUAAAUAAAAUGAAUUGUUAGAUUU